UUUUUUGUGGACAACCUGUUUAAAUUGUGCUGAUUUGAUACUGCAAGUAAAAAAAAAAGAAAACUUCAAAGUGAAUUGUAUGUUUUGCCUAAAAUGAAAGCGGACAUUAUCUCUGUGGUUUUUAAUCCUCAGUGACUGGACGUCAGAGGUUUGUCGUGACUUUCCAGGGGCCGUUUAAUAUUUCUCCAGAGAUAUUUUGUCGUCAUGUUUGGCCAUCUUGAUCUCAUAACGCGACAGAUGCCGAACAGCACGGCGUUGCUCACUGGCUCAAAAUCCGCAGCUCUUAUUUGUAUGAUUAAUAACGGCACCGAAGCUGCAGCCGUCCAUCUGUUGUGAAUCAGCUGCAGCAGUUUAGACACAAAAGGAAACAGUCACUUCACUCUUAUUAUUUUCUAACGCGACUGAACAUUUCAACUCAAGACUUACUGUAAAUAUGUAGAAACCUCAGCUGAUUACUUGAGAUUUCCCAGUUUUGAAUAGGUCAGUAAAUGCUCAUAAAAAGUUGAGAUGUGUUUUGAUUUGGGUGGCAUGGGCGGUUGUAUCUGAUGAGUCAGAGCCAUUUGUUUGCUCUCCCACACGGGAUGGAGGAGGGUGGGAGGGUUGGAGUGGACAUUGAAAAGAGACGCUCAGUCAGAGAAGAUCCCACUUGGACAGGAGCUGCCGUAGAGCGACCUCCUCUCACAGACAGGACAGAAACCGGACGGUAAAGAGAGCUUUAAGAGUCAGCUGAUCAGGAGAAGUCUGGAUGGACGACAUCGACACGCUGGAUGGGACUAACUGGUCAUGAUUGUCACACAAGGAAGAUCUGCGUGCACUGCAAGUGUGUGCGGGAGGAGCAUGCGUUGCAGUCGGUGCCAGGGCAGCUGGAAAAGAUGAUGACUAAGCUGGUGUCGGACUUCCAGAGGCACUCCAUCUCCGACGACGACUCGGGAUGCGCCUCCGAGGAGUACGCUUGGGUCCCACCUGGGCUCAAGCCUGAACAGGUGUACCAGUAUUUCAGCUGCUUGCCAGAAGACAGGGUGCCUUAUGUGAACAGUCCGGGGGAGAGAUACAGAAUCAAACAGCUGCUGCACCAGCUUCCAGCUCACGACAGCGAGCCUCAGUACUGCAACUCUUUGAAUGAUGAGGAGAAGAAAGAGCUUCGUACGUUCAGCCAGCAGAGAAAACGAGAUAACUUGGGCAGAGGCGUUGUCAGACCUUUCCCUGUCACCAUGACCGGAGCCAUCUGCCAGCAGUGUGGCAGACAGAUCUGUGGCGGAGACAUAGCUGUGUUCGCCAGCCGGGCGGGUCACGGCAGCUGCUGGCACCCCCAGUGUUUCCAGUGCUCGUCCUGCAGCGAGCUGCUGGUCGACCUGAUCUACUUCUUCCAGGACGGGCAGAUCUACUGCGGCCGGCACCACGCCGAGAGGCUGAAGCCCCGCUGCCAGGCCUGCGAUGAGAUCAUUCUAGCAGACGAGUGUACGGAGGCAGAAGGAAGGUACUGGCACAUGAAGCACUUCUGCUGCUUUGAGUGUGAGGCGGCGCUGGGCGGUCAGCGCUACAUCAUGAGGGAGAGCCGACCGUACUGCUGCUCCUGCUACGAAUCCCUGUAUGCAGAAUACUGCGACACCUGCGGCGAGUCAAUAGGUAUUGAUCAAGGCCAGAUGACGUACGAGGGUCAGCACUGGCACGCGGUGGAGUCGUGUUUCUGCUGCGCCCGCUGUCGGCUGCCUCUGCUCGGCCGGCCCUUCCUCCCACGCGGGGGCCUCAUCUUCUGCUCCAGGUCCUGCUCCCUGGGCGACGACCCCAACAACUCGGACUCCUGCGACUCGGCGCUGCAGAGCAGGUCUCCCCAUCACUGCAGGCGGUGGGGGACGCCGGAGAGGAUGCACUGCAGUUCCCCUCUGCAGCCACCAGAGGGCGCCAAACACUCUCCUGCACAGGACUGCAUUCACACUGCAGUGGAGAAUAGAGGGCUUCACUGCAGCGCUCCAGUUCAGAAUGAGGCUCCGUCACACACCGGCCAUCCUCAUCCAAGAGUCUCCUACUCGCCUCUGCCUCACAUUCACCUGGGAAACGGCUGGCCCAGCGACGUUCCACAUUACAGUCUGCUGCCAGGGGACAGUAGCGUAAAACCACCAGCCACUGGUAUCCCGUUGCAGGAGGAGCUGAAUGGAAAUACUGGACUAACUGGAAGUAAUUCAAGAGGAACCUCCACCAACAAAGACUGCAGGAACUGGGUGGAAAAGACAAAUCAGGCAAUGCAAGACACGCCGCCUCCAUCAUCAGACAGCUCCCCCGUUCUCCCACCUCCUCUGCCCAUUAAGUCCCGGGACCUGAUGCCGCGGGACGCGUCCCCUCUGUCCCAUCUGUCCCCGUCCCAUCGGAAGGACCAGCCCCCUGAGUCGCCUCCUCCGCUGACACGCAGCGGCCAAGCCAGAGUCAGCUUCAGGGAGCCAAUCAGCAGCAGCUACUCUGUAGAGGAAGACGACGACGAUGAGGAGGAGGAGGAAGAAGAGAGGCUUCAAGUCACCGUGGAAACCAAGCCGACUGAGGAUGACGAUGGUGAGGUGGCGGGUUUUGGAAGCAGGCUGCAUCUUCAGAGAGGCAUCCCACCACAGAUGGAUCUACUGGACGGCUCUUCAUAUCAUCGUCAUCACCUGAAGCGCGGUUGGGGCCGCUCCCGUACGUCCUCCGACCCCGUCCUCCGUCCGGGUUUGGAGCGGCGCCGGUCCGACAGACCCCGGCUCGACACUCUGGACUUGAAGGCCGAGAGCCGGAGAGACGCACGCAGCUCCUGCAGCAUCCCCUCCCUGAGCCUCCAGCAGGGACCCUACAAACACGAGGACUGCUGCUCCACCUGCUCCUCCUCCUCCGAGUCCGAGGAGGAAGGCUUCUUUCUGGGGCAGCGGAUCCCUCUGCCGCCGCAGCUUCGGCAGCCCGACGACGGCCCGGCCGGGCGGGCCGAGGAGAUUCUGGAGGUGCAGAGAGACCGCGGCCUGAGAGGCAGCAUCCGGCGGAGACGAGCUCAGAGCGCAAAGGAGAAAGAUAAAAACUGCGCCGUGUCCUGAAGCUGACGGUGAAAGCUACUGACCUUUCUUCCUCCUUACUGCAAAACUACAAAAUAUUACCAAGUAUUUCUGGUCUAGUUUCUAACCCAGAUGUCUGAGUAAACUUCAAAUAAGACAAAACUGACUUACAAGUAGCUUUUCAGCAAAAUACAGGAGCUUGAUUUAAUCAAUAAUUCACCGAUAAACUUUUUUCACUUCAGAUAACGAUAAAGAUACGUGAAGUUUAGUAUCGAUUGAUACAGAAAACCAGGACUGAAUUGACUUACGUUUUUUUUUUCUUAGAGUUUUUCAUACCUGAUAAUCUGGUUGAUUCGUUUUGAUUAUGGACCAAAAUUGCAACAUUUGUUACAUUUUCAGCUGCUGUGGUUUGAUUUCACUCACGGUGUCAAACAAACCAAACCCUUUGAAAAACCUGUUCUCCUCCUCACCUGUGGGGGCGCUGCAACAGGAAUUACUGAAGGAAACGACACAAAAACCUCUGAAGAAGACACAGUGUAACUUCUUCCUUCUUUCUAGACAAAGAUUGAGUAGCAUCAGAUUUUAGCGGCUGUAGGAUUUCUGGUUUGUCUUUGGUAAAAGCCCACAAGUCAUUUCUCCCACUAGCAUUAGACUGAAUUUAUUUUGGUUAUAUUACCCAGAAUGCCCUGUGCUGUCGUCUGCUUCCUGCUUUUGGAAUGGUUUCCGGCCAGCUUGCACGCAUCAAUCAACUGGGAUAAAAACCAACGUAAAAUAAACGACAAAGAAACUGAAACUAACUAAAACUAUAGGUUGACGACUUUGGUCAAACAUGUAAAAAUAAACUGCAACUAACCUUUCAAAUGGUUCAGAAAGUGCAGCUAAUAAUUCUAAAUAUAAUGUGAAAUAAAUAAUAAUAAAUAGACUGGAUAGAUCUGCCCUAAUAGACACAAUAUCUAAUACAGAUGUCAAUGUAGAUCGCUCAAUAUUAAGAAAUUAUUGACUUAAAACAAACUCCUGUAUCUUGCCGAAAAUUAUUUCUAAGUUAGUUUUGUCUUAUUCCCAGUGUAUAAAGAUAUUUACACUAGAAGCUAGACCUAAAAUGCUUUGUUGUGAUUUUGCAGGCUGGUUUCUGAGGGGGAUGUCAAACCACAGCCUGUCUGCUAACACAGUGAGGGAAACGCAUUAUACCUCAGAAUGAGGCUCCACCGAACCUCAUGCUUCUGCUGCUGGUCUUUAUAUGACGUUACACUGCAAAAACACAACAUCUUACCAGGUAUUUCAGGUGAACUUUCUAGAGCAAAUGUCUUGGUACACUAGAAAUACGUUUAACUAACUUACAAGUAAACUUUCACCAAGAAAUAGGAGAUUGUUUUAAGUAGAUAAUUCCUUAAUA